CAGUUUAAAAAUAAGUUUGCAGUCAUUAGUGGGCCGGAUUGGCAGUGUGAAAAAGGACAGUUUUUAGAUUUGAUUGAGGCUUCUCUUACAUAAUCUAGGAGGUUAUUUCAGAUUUGUGCUGCAUGAUAAUAAAACGCUGCUUCACCGUGUUUUUCUUUAGCUCUGGGGACGGUCAGUAGGUCGGCCCCUAUUAUCUGAGGGCCUUUGAGGGUUCAUAUGCAUAAGCAUCUCAGAGAUACCUUGUAUUUUUUGUUUUUUUUAUUAUAGUGAGUAUUUUAGAGUGAUUUAAGGGGCUUAAGACGCUCAAAAACUCACCAAACUUUGCACGCAUAUCAGAACUGGAAAAAUGUUGAUAUUUUAUGGGUGUGAUUUGGUUUACAAAUGAUGCACAGCAAGAUGACAUAUCAUUAGUGUGUUCUUCGGCUCUACAUGGUUAAGUUUCACGUGCACUGCGCCUGAUGUUCUGCUGCUCCAUCUCAUCCCAGAGUGCGCUCUGCGCUCUGACAGAGUGGCGUUAUAAAUAACUAAACAGCAUAUGUAGUGCAAAAUUACUCCUAAUUAACAGUUCAGCAGUAAAAAGAAAAUCUGCUUGUGGUGGCUGGUAUUUUAUUUGUGGCAGUCUGCUACAAAUGAAUGAAUGUGUUGGAAACCAUGGAAGAUAUGUAAUUACAGUUUUGUUUUUUCACCUUUUGUCCUCAGAGUGCAGAUAUGGCUGCUGCCAGCUGUCUGCUGACUGAAGAUCAGUUUCUCUGCUCCAUCUGUCUGGAUGUCUUCACCAAUCCAUUUGCCAUACCAUGUGGACACAACUUCUGCAAAACCUGCAUCACUGACCACUGGGAUAUUAAUGACAAGUGUCAGUGUCCCAUCUGUAAAGAGGUUUUUGAUCCAAGACCUCAACUGCGGGUCAACAUUUUAAUCUCUGAGAUGGCUGCUCAGUUCAGACAGUCGGCUAAACAGAAAACCAGCAGCAGCAGCUCAGAGCAACAAGAGUCCAAACCAGGAGAAGUUCCCUGUGACGUCUGCACUGGAGCCAAACUGAAGGCCCUGAAGUCCUGCCUGGUGUGUCUGACCUCCUACUGUGAGACUCACCUGGAGCUUCAUCUGACAAAGCCAGGUCUGAAAUCACAUCAGCUGACCGACCCUGUGGAAAACCUGGAAGGCAGGAUGUGUGCGAAGCACAAUAAACUGCUGGAGCUGUUCUGUAAGACCGACCAGACCUGUGUCUGCAUGCUGUGCUCUAUUUCAGACCACAAGACACAUGACGUUGUCCCUGUGAAAGACGGAUAUGAAGAAAAGAAGGUAGAGCUGGGGAAGACAGAGGCGGAAAUGCAGCAGAUGAUCAAGAAGAGACGACUGAAGAUUCAGGAGAUCAAACGCUCAGUGAAGCUCAGUAAUGAAGAAGCAGACAGAGAGAUAGCAGAUGGUGUUCAGGUCUUCACCGCUCUGAAGGAGUCUGUUGAGAGAAAACAGGCCGAGCUCAUCGACGCGAUCAAAGAGAAGCAGAGACAGACGGAGAUACAGGCUGAAGGCUUCAUCAAGGAGCUGAAACAGGAAAUCUCUGAGCUGAGGAAGAGAAGCACUGAGGCGAAGCAGCUCUCACGCUCUGAAGACCACCUUCAUUUUCUCUUAGACUUCCCGUCCUUGAAUGCUGCUCCACCCACCAAGAGCUGCAAAGAAGUCAGCGUCCAUCCAUCUUCAUAUAAGGGGACUGUGGUGAGAGCUGUGAGUCAGCUGGAGGAGACGCUCAGUAAACAGACGCAGAAGCUGUUUGAGACCGAGCUGAAGAGGCUCCAGCAGUAUGCGGUGGAUGUGACUCUUGAUCCUGAGACAGCGCAUCCUGAACUCAUCCUGUCUGAUGAUGGAAAACAAGUUGAACAUGGUGAUGAAAACUAUAAACUCCCAAACAAUCCAGAGAGAUUUGUUAAUUAUCCCUGUGUCUUAGCAAAGCAGAGCUUCUCUUCAGGAAAAUUUUAUUAUGAGGUUCAGGUUAGAACGAAGACUAAGUGGGAUUUAGGAGUGGUCGGAGAGUCGAUCAACAGGAAGGACGAUUUCACACCGAACCCUCAGGAUGGUCACUGGAUGAUAUGGUUGAGGUAUGAAAAUGAGUACUACGCUGCCCCCUCAGUCCGUCUCUCUCUGAAGUCUCGGCCUCAGAAGGUGGGGGUGUUUGCGGAUUAUGAGGAGGGUCUGGUCUCCUUUUAUGAUGUUGACACUGCAGCUCUUAUCUACUCCUUUACUGACUGCUGCUUCACCGAAAAACUCUACCCGUACUUCAGUCCUUGUUACCAACAACUGCAACCAUUCAGUGAUAUCUUUUCAAAUAAUAUAAACACUGCCCCUCUGAUCAUAUCUGUUAGUGCAGAUAUGGCUGCUGCCAGCUGUCUGCUGACUGAAGAUCAGUUUCUCUGCUCCAUCUGUCUGGAUGUCUUCACUGAUCCGGUCACCAUACCAUGUGGACACAACUUCUGCAAAACCUGCAUCACUGACCACUGGAAAUUAAAUGUCCAGUGUCAGUGUCCCUACUGUAAAAAAGUUUUCAACACCAGACCUGAGCUGCAGGUUAAUAUUUUCAUCUCUGAGAUGGCUGCUCAGUUCAGACAGUCAGCUCAACAGAAAACCAGCAGCAGCAGCUCAGAGCGACAAGUUUCCAAACCAGGAGACGUUCCCUGUGACGGAGCCAAACUGAAGGCCUUGGGAAAAACAGAGGCUGAAACUCAGCAGAUGAUCCAGAUAAGAAGACUGAAGAUUGAUGAAAUCAAACGCUCAGUGAAGCUCAGUAAUGAAGAAGCAGACAGAGAGAUAGCAGAUGGUGUUCAGGUCUUCACCGCUCUGAAGGAGUCUGUUGAGAGAAAACAGGCCGAGCUCAUCGACACGAUCAAAGAGAAGCAGAGACAGACGGAGAUACAGGCUGAAGGCUUCAUCAAGGAGCUGGAGCAGGAAAUCUCUGAGCUGAGGAAGAGAAGCACUGAGGUGGAGCAGCUCUCACGCUCUGAAGACCACCUCCAUAAUUUCCGAAGCUCACCAUCUCCGAACACCGCUCCACCCACCAAGGACUGGACCAAAGUCAGUGUCCAUCCACCUGCGUAUGAGGGGACUGUGGUGAGAGCUGUGAAACAGCUGGAGGAGAUGAUCAGUCAAAAGAUGAAGAAGCUGUUUCAAGCUGAGCUGAUGAGAGUCCAGCGGUAUACUGUGAAUGUUACACUUGAUCCUAAACUAGUGCAUCCCAAACCCACCCAGUCUAAUGAGAGAGAAAAGGGAAAUCAGGAUAAUGACUGUAAAUGUGUCUUAUCAAAGAAGGCUUUCACUUCAGGAAGGUUUUACUUUGAGGUUCCAGUUGACACAUGGUCUUACUGGACUUUGGGAGUAGCCAGAAAGUUGACCAACAUGAAGGAAAAAAUAACACUGAGCCCCUCAAAUGGCUACUGGACUGUAUUUCAUAACAAACGAGGCUGGUACUUUGCUUCUGCUGACCCAAGAGUCUGUCUCUCUCUGAAGUCUCGGCCCGAGAGGGUGGGGGUGUUUGUGGAUUAUGAGGAGGGUCUGGUCUCCUUUUAUGAUGUUGAUGCUGCAGCUCUUAUCUACAUCUUUAGUGGCUGCUGCUUCUCUGAGAAAAUCUACCCAUUCUUCAGUUCCUGUUCAAAUGAUGGUGUUAAAAUCCAUAGCAGCGACAGUGGUUGUAGUGCAGAUAUGGCUGCUGCCAGCUGUCUGCUGACUGAAGAUCAGUUUCUCUGCUCCAUCUGUCUGGAUGUCUUCACUGAUCCAGUUGCCAUACCAUGUGGACACAACUUCUGCAAAACCUGCAUCACUGACCACUGGGAUAAUAAUGACCAGUGUCAGUGUCCCAACUGUAAAGAGGUUUUUGAUCCAAGACCUCAACUGCGGGUCAACACUUUAAUCUCUGAGAUGGCUGCUCAGUUCAGACAGUCGGCUAAACAGAAAACCAGCAGCAGCAGCUCAGAGCAACAAGAGUUCAAACCAGGAGAAGUUCCCUGUGACGUCUGCACUGGAGCCAAACUGAAGGCCCUGAAGUCCUGCCUGGUGUGUCUGACCUCCUACUGUGAGACUCACCUGGAGCCUCAUCUGACAGCUUCAUGCCUGAAAUCACAUCAGCUGAUCGACCCUGUGGAAAACCUGGAGGACAGGAUCUGUGCGAAGCACGAUAAACUGCUGGAGCUGUUCUGUAAGACGGACCAGACCUGUAUCUGCGCAGUCUGCCACGUUUCAGACCAUAAAACACAUGAUGUUGUCCCUGUGAAAGAAGGAUAUGAAGGAAAGCAAGUCGAGCUGGAGGUUGAAAUGCAGCAGAUGAUCAAGAAGAGACAACUGAAGAUUCAGGAGAUCAAACGCUCAGUGAAGCUCAGUAAUGAAGAAGCAGACAAAGAGAUAGCAGAUGGUGUUCAGGUCUUCACCGCUCUGAAGGAGUCUGUUGAGAGAAAACAGGCCGAGCUCAUCGAUACGAUCAAAGAGAAGCAGAGACAGACGGAGAAACAGGCUGAAGGCUUCAUCAAGGAGCUGGAGCAGGAAAUCUCUGAGCUGAGGAAGAGAAGCACUGAGGCGAAGCCACUCUCACGCUCUGAAGACCACUUCCAUGUCCUGCAAAGCUUCCCGUCCCGUAAUGCUGCUCCAACCACCAAGAACUGGACAGAAAUCAACGUCCGUCCACUGUAUGAGGGGACUGUGAGCAAAGCUGUGAAUCAGCUGGAGAAGACAAUCAGCGUAGAGAUGAAGAAGCUGCUGGCCAAGGUCGAGCUGAAGAAGAUCCAGCGGUGUGCGGUGGAUGUGACACUCGAUCCUGAUACAGCACAUCCUGAACUGAUCCUGUCUGAGGAUGGAAAACAAGUUAAACAUGGUGGGACACAGGAGAGUGUCCCAGACAACCCAAAGAGAUUUGAUAUGUGUGUUUAUGUCUUAGCCAAGCAGAGUUUCUCUUCAGGGAGAUUUUAUUAUGAGGUUCAGGUUAAAGAGAAGACUGAAUGGACUUUAGGAGUGGCCGAAGAGUCGGUCAACAGGAAGAAAAGCAUCGCAGUGAGUCCUCAGAAUGGCUACUGGUCAAUAUGUUUGAGAGAUAACUACUACUAUGCUAAUACUGGUUCUAAUAACUAUCUGUCUCUGAACCCUCAGCCUCAGAAGGUGGGGGUGUUUGUGGAUUUUAAGGUGGGUCUGGUGUCGUUUUAUGAUGCUGAUACAGCUUCUCUUAUCUACACAUUUAAAGGUUGCUCCUUCACUGACAACCUCCACCCAUUCCUCUGUCCCAGUGUUAAGAAUGGUAUUAAAAACUCUGCCCCUCUGAUCAUCUCUCCUGUCAGUCAAACUAAGUAGAAUAACAGCUCAGUUUUCUAUAAACAUGCCAUUUAUUGUAAAAACAAUGUAAAAUAUACCCACAAGCAGCAAAUCCAAGGUUCAAGCCAAUAUGGACCAUUAGAAGUUAGAAGCUGCAAAGGAUGCUGUUUGAUACGCUGCCGGGUGUCGUCAGUUGAGACGUGGCUGAACGAAACCUUUCGAGUCUGCAUGAUAUGCCGCUGUAAUAUCAGGAGCAGAAAGGUCCCUAUAGUGUAGGCAGGAGGAGCGGUGGAUGGGUCCAACAAACCCUGGUCUUUCACCUGGAAUAUAUAUAUAUAUACUGUAUAUUCUUGUAAUGUUAUGACUGUCUUUGUUUUCUUAGCUAUUUUCUUGUUUACAUUACUUAUCUAAUGAUUUCCACCUGUUUGUUUGAGACAAAGCACCACAAAUACUGUAAUUAUUAAGAAGUUAAUCAUAAGUGCAAUUAAUCAACAAUGCAUUGCCAACAGUUCUUUUUUUUUUAAACUUUAAUCACUAAUGUAGAAAGUGUUAGAUUUUGGUUCAGUUACUGAGAGAAACUGUAUGAAUAAGUAAGUAAUCACACAGCAUUUGUUUUCAAUCAAUAAAGAAAAUUUGAAAUAA